GCCCAAUAUCAGAAACUGGCAGCUAAGGUACACAAGCAAGAAAACGACUUGAAGAGGCAUGUCAUGAGGACAGCUGCAAUGAGUACAUCUGCUGCUCGCACCCGCAAAGUGUGUGGGGAACAGCAUGUCAAUGAGGAAGUGUUGAGGGGGCAAGAAGUGAUGAUCAAGGAACAGCGGCAACGUCCACAAGCCGUGGUCUCCAAGUCUCUCAACCAAAUAGAGGCAAAGCGUACAAGGGAAUUCCUCCCCAAAGAGUCCAAAAUGGGGGUUGCAGCACCAAGUGAGGUUGAUGAGGCAGCUGUGAAGCGUCGAGAGUGUCUACCUAAGCUUGUUUUGGCUGUCUUGGAGAAAAGCCAGCCACAAAUGAGUGAACAAACAUACAAUGAGCAAGAAGCUAGCAUUAAUUCCAAGGAGGGAGCACAGGUUGCAGGUGGCGGGGAACAACGUAAAGGAAAUGCAGAAGCAGGAGAAACACAGAAUGAAACUCAUGCCAGCGAUACGGAGAAACCGUAUCUGCAAGCACUCCUAGAUAGUGCUAUAGAAAAGGAACAGGAAGCGGAGAACGAGAGGAAGGAACAACUGCUGAAAAGUCAGGAGGCCAUCUUGGAAAUUGUUCCCUCGCUGACCAAAGAGCAGUGUGGGGAACAACUGCAGUCCAUACUCACCGCUAUCGUCCAAGUUCGGAGGCUUGAAGAUCAUACCACUCAGAUCGCCGACGUCUUCGCAGAAUUGAAGACACUUCAGGAGGAUCUGACUGAUAUGACCAGCAAGUACCGCGACUUGAUGGUAGAGGUUGCUGCGCUGCGACAGGCCCAAGUAACCAAUCCUCUUCCUCUACCCCCUGGUUCCGGAGCUGCGAUUGAGACUAAUGUUGCCCCUCUUACCGUAUCUACUUCUACUGCUUCCCUAAGUGUGAUGGCGAACCCCUCGGGACCUGCAACAGGUGCAGAUUCCGUUGUUGCCGUAACAAGCAACGAGGCAGGAAAUUCUGCAACUGCUGCAGCCCCAAGAUCUGAACCAGCAAGUGCUGGUCCCAGCUAUGCUGGUCCCCAUGUGGACCAGAAGGCGGUGCAAAUACCAUCUAAGUACGACGACAAAGAAGACAUUGAAUCAUGGAUCAACUCCAUGAGGGAAUACUUCGAGGUGUUGGGGACUCAGCCAGAGACCCAGCCAGUGAUCAUGGGAAUGAAUGUCGAGCCGGUUAUUGGCCGAAUCGUGGUGGUAUACCUCGAUGACAUACUAAUCUUCAACAAAUCCAUUGAGGAACACCUCAAGCACCUCGAGGAAGUGCUCACUAUCCUCAAGAAGAUGCAACUCCAUCUCAACCUAGAGAAAUAUGAGUUUGGGAAGGAUAGCGUCAUCCAUCUUGGGCAUCGGUUGUCUGCUGCAGGCCUAGAGCCUGAGUCAACCAAGGUUGAAGUCAUAAGCAAUUGGCCUCAGCCAGUGAACAUCCGCGAGAUGCGCUCUUUCCUUGGUCUCCCGUCAUACUAUCGGAAGUUUGUGCCCCGCUUCUCCAUUGUUGCGCGUCCAUUGUCUCGACUGACAAGUAAGAAUGUUCCCUAUUUUUGGGACACCGCGUGCACGAACGCCUUUCAAGCGUUGAAAGACGCCUUGGUAAGUUACCCAGUACUCCGCCUUGUAGAUCCCAAACUGACAUUCGUAGUUACUACGGAUGCAAGUCAGUAUGGAAUCGGCGCAGUGCUGCAGCAAGAUGACGGCGAUGGCUUGCGGUCGCUCGAAUUCUACAGCAAACGCAUGCCCAACGUAAAGGUAGCCACUUCCACCUACAUGUGCGAGCUCUAUGCUCUGCGUAUGGCUUUGGACCAUUGGAAGUACUAUCUUUUGGGACACCACUUCAAAGUGUUCUCAGAUCAUGAGACUCUGAAGUGAAUCAAGGAGCAAACUACCUUGUCCCCUACGUUAAUUUGCUGGUUCCAUGAAAUUGACAUCUUUGACUUUGAGUUAAGACACAAAAAGGGUUGUUAUAAUCGAGAAGUUGACGCAUUGUCUCGCCACCCUGAGUACAUGACUUGCCUUGUGAAAUCCUACGACCUCCGGAAGAAACUGAAGGAGGAGCUCGUAGAGCAUUCAACCAAGGAUCCGGAACUUAGUCCCAUCCUUGAGCGGUUGCGGGCUGAUCCUAGUAGUCAGUCUGAUUUUCACGAAUAUGGAGGACUGAUUUUCCGUCACUACGGGAACCACGACCGCUUGUGUGUGCCCAACCAUGAGCCUCUCCGCACGCACUUUCUGGAUUUGGCUUAUGGCCGGAGCGGACACUUUGGCAUGGCAAAGACGUACGCAAAUCUGUUGCGACAGUUUGAUUGGCCUGGCAUGAAAGGGAUUGCUGAAAAGUUUGUGGCUGAGUGUCAAGUCUGUCAACGAAUCAAACCAUGCAGACAAA